UUCUCUCUCUCUCUCUGUGUGUCUUUCUCUAUCUCUCUCUCUCUCAAAACCAAACCAAUAUCGAUUUCGGUUCUACGCUGACCGCUGAGCUCUCCGAGUUCCUCAUUAAUCAAUUAGGAAUACAAAUGGGCCGUUAUCAGCCACUAAUCAAAAUCCAAGAAGGCUGUUUGAAAAUUGCAACUCUAAACAGAAUGUCGAUGGACAUGCAGCAGGGACCUGCGUGAACAUAAUGCCUCCUCUCCGCAUUUAAAAGCUUUAAGUGAGGCCCUGUAAGUGCAUCAGACAAACUGAUGGAUUUAGACUUAGAGAGUGAGUGGCAUACUAAAGUUUACUUGUAGAAUUAGCUCACGUUUCUCUUUUGCAGAGGAAUCGAGCAUGUCUUUCUUUUUUUUUCUGUCGUGUCUCUUUCACUCACUCACACACAGAUUUAUUCUAUUGCAGAAAACCAAAUAUGACAAUUAAAAAUAUGAUCACAUGAUAAACUCAGCCUGAGUAGCCAAUACGUUUCACAGUACCCGUUACACUGAAUACUGGCAUAUCCCCUCCUCCCGUGGUUUGCGCCGUGGCACGGAGUAGAAUAUCAUUUCUUUCUCACACAUGAUAAGAUCAUCUGAAGCGGAGAAGUGUAUGGGCGCGUGUUUCAGGGGUGAAUACAUUCCGGUUGUAACACUUUUUUUGUUGUUGAAAAAGCGGAUUUCUACUGAACUUGACUGGUUCAGGCGUGUGCGAUUUUCCAGAUGUUCCAUUUUCCAGGCUGUACGGGAAAAUGUAUGAUAAGUAGCCUACCGGGAAAACGGCAGCCUAUUAAGAAAGAUUAACUGUUUAAUUCGCUGGUUCCUUUUGCUUAAAACUUUAGGGAUACCUUAUGGAGCUGAAGGACAUGUAGGCCCGGAAGAGGACGAUUUGGACACGAAUUGAUUGGACUGUCGCCAACAACAAGUCGGGAGUGGAGCUAUUUUUUAAGGAAUCACAGUCCUGGAAAAAUUGAAAAGUUACUCUUUAUCCCCGUUGAGUAGCCGGAACGUGAUCGCUGUAUAAACUUAGGGGAAAUACAACAUUUUGACUCUUGCAGUGAUCCUUUAACAUCGCCGACUAUAAGGAGCAAGAGAUGAAAAUGCGCGUGGAGAGCUCGUCGUUUUCUUGUAAAGGUAAAGAACAUCGGGGCAGGACCAAUAAGUUUACUCUCACACAUUUAUUGUUUUUCUUUGCUGCUUUUGUAUCGGGCGCUGCUUGUCCAGACAAAUGCGUAUGCUCCACAACGACUGUAAAAUGCGUAAACCAGGACUUACACGCGGUUCCUCAACCAUUGCCAACCAACACAAAAACCCUAUUUAUUACUGGAAACAACAUAACCCACAUCUCUGCGGCGUCCUUCCCGACACGGCUGGAUCAGUUAACAGACCUGUAUCUCACUGGAAACCAGCUGGAGUCGCUGGACUCGAAGGUAUUUAGCAACUUGCCAAAGCUCAGGCUCCUGGAUCUUAGCAACAACCGGAUCCAGAGCUUCGACGCCGCAGCAUUCCCUGCAAAUAAUACGGUCCAAGAGCUUGUUCUCAGCCGCGUUUUCUAUAACCAGUCCUACACAGAGGACCUUCUCAGCCUGCUGCGGAGCGGAGCUCUCCCAAAGCUGACCCGUUUGGACCUGUCCAACAAUGAGUUGCUGGUGUUAACAGAUGGCACCUUCUCCCGCCUCCCCAGCCUGGUUAACCUAACCCUCCAGAACAGCUCCAUCAUCUCGAUCCAGGACGGGGCUCUGAGGCCCCCCCCGCUAUUAGAGCUGGACCUGAGGGACAACGCCCUGCGGAAGCUUUCCAACUCCACCCUGACUGACCUCAGCCUCCAUCCAGGCAUGCUGCUGCGGCUGGCGGGGAACCCCUGGCGGUGUGACUGCAACAUGGAGGAUCUGCUUGCCUGGCUGAAGCAAGGGGACCAGGUCCAGGACCUGCAGAACCUGACUUGCUCUGACCCGGAGGAGCUGAAGAGCCAGCCCCUGGUGCUGCUGGAGCAAACCCAGCUGGAGUGCUCCUACUCGGGGGACAUGAAGGGCGUGCUGGAGACCUCGUACGUGUUCCUGGGGAUGGUCCUGGCCCUCAUCGGGGUCAUCUUCCUGCUGGUGCUCUACCUCAACAGGAAGGGCAUCAAGCGCUGGAUGUAUAACAUCCGGGACGCCUGUCGGGACCACAUGGAGGGCUACCACUACAGGUACGAGAUCAACACUGACCCCCGACUGGCCAACCUCAGCAUCAACUCUGACGUCUGAGGACAGACCCGGGGGGGGGGGGGGGGUCUGUCCACCCCAGCAAUGACGGCACGGAGCCCCAAGGCCAACGCCAUGACCCUGCAUUGGCUACAUCUGCAUGAGUCCCCCCUCCGGUUCCACACAUCUCCAGUCUUCCUUUUCAUCCUCCAUGGUGGCACCUCUACAGACGUGACUAUCCUCCAUGGCUGUUUUGCCUCUGGCCCACCCCUGAGCCCUCACUCUCAGCCCCAGCCCCAGAGCUUCAGCCCCAACCCCAAAGCCCCAGACCUCCAAGCUCAAAAACCUCGGCCUGUUGUGCAUGCUCCGCUCUGGCUGCAGAGCUAUAUUGCCUGAUAAUAGCCUGAUCAUUUGCCCCUCACCCUGCAGUGUAGCAUGGCAUGGACUUGCAGUCAUUACACGGGGCUACCAGGAACGACUCUGCAAGGGACUCAUUUUCCAAGUCCAAUCGAUAGGAAUUUUCUCAGACUCUUCCGUUGAGACACCCAGGCCACCGAUGGCCUUUUAAAAGAAAACCUGACAAUAGUGUUGCUAUGCUUCAGAACCUGGUUAUUUUAUGAGGUACAACUUAUAAUUCUUGUAGUGCUCAUAUUUACUAGUAUUACACCUAUGUGGACAUGCGUAAUUCUUAUAUUUUUUCCAUAAAUGUGUCGAGCUGAAUAAAAUGUCUUUAUUAGCCGA